GUUAGAUAGAUUUUUAAAAUACCAAUGUUAAUCUCUGGGGGCGGAUACCAAACAGGGGUUCAUGACACUGCGAGAGAAACUUCCACGUGUCAAUGUGACCCGUUCGGACAGACCCACUCGGUUACGGUGGGAGUGUGCCCAAAGUUAAACGGGUAGGCAGCCAAAAAGCCCAAAAGCUUUGAUCAUUUUUAUUUUCUGGUUUUAAAUUUAUUACAGAAGAAAUCUCUCUCUUCAAUUUCACAGUGACAUUGCCGUCAUUUUAAUCAGCUUCCAGAAACCGCCAUGGAAGAAGAAUGCUCUGCCGAUGUAGCUCAGCUACUGCAAGCUGCUACUGAGUUCGCUUAUCAUCCCGGUCCGAAUUCCGAUGCUUCUGCUCGGGAAUUCCUAGGCCGCUUCCCUCUUCCCGCCAUUAUCAAUGCCUUGCAAACGAAAUCUGAUUAUCCCGCCCUGGAGAAAGCUUUGGUUGAUUGUCUGGAAAGGGUUUUCAGGACCAAAUAUGGAGCAUCUCUGAUCCCAACUUUCAUGCCUUUCGUUGUCGUUGGUCUGGGGGCACCAUCUCAGAAUGUCAGGCAUUUAGCAUGUAACACAGUGGCUCGCCUUUUGGAUAAUGCUGAUGAAACUACUGGCACAAGUCUCAUUCUUCAGCAUGAUGUAUAUCCUUUAUUGCUUACUUGCCUCAUUGAUGGGGAUGAGCAAGUUGCAACAGCAGCUACGGAUGCAAUUAAGAAUUUGGCUGGGUUUUCAAAAGGCUUGGAUAUCAUCUUUCCUAGAAGUAGCCGGGGGACACAACUUGGGGACUUGGCUGUGAAAUGUACUUCACUGGGACGAGUUCGAGUUUUGGCGUUGAUUGUGAAGUUAUUUUCUAUUUCUAGCAAUGUGGCAUCAAAAGUCUACGAUGCCAAUCUUCUUAGCUUGUUGGAGAAUGAAGUUAGCAACAAUGCUAAUGAUACACUUGUAACAUUAAGCGCAUUAGAACUUCUAUUCGAGUUGGUUGAAGUUCCGCACAGCAUGGAAUUUUUGUCGAGGACUACACUUCUUCAUCUGCUUAGUUCAAUAAUUAGCAAUGCCUCCGUUGAUUCAAUCUUGAGAUCUAGAGCAAUGACGAUUACUGGAAGGUUGCUAUCAAAUGAGAAUGCAUUUCUCUUAAUUGAUGAAUCCAGUUAUAAAAAUUUCAUUUUAACCAUUGACAAGAGGUUUACUUUGCUGGAAAAUGAAAAUGCUGAUGAAAGUGAAUGCGCACUUGAAGCAUUGGGUCAAAUCGGUUCAUCGAAGAAAGGAGCGACUUUGCUACUCUCAAUUUCAUCUGUUCCCGGUAGGCAUGUUAUUAAUGCAGCUUUUGGUCACCAACAGCACAGUAUAAAACUUGCUGCACUGCAUGCCCUUGGAAACAUUGUUGGGGAAGCUCGUUCUGGAAAUGAUGUGUUACUGGAUGGCGAUGCAGAAGAGUCACUACGACGUUUAAUCUAUGAGACAUCGUCAAAGACUCCUAAACUGACUGCUUCGGGUAUUCUCCUUUCAAUUCUUCAGCAGGAUUCAGAAAUUCGUCUUGCAGGUUAUCGAGUGAUUACAGGGUUGGUGAUGCGACCUUGGUGCCUGAUGGAGAUCCUCUCUAGAAAAGAAAUUGUAGAUAUUGUGACCGACACAUUUACUGAAUCCCAAAAGAUAGGUAUGGAAGCUCGGCACAAGUGUUGUCAGGCAAUAUACAAGGCUUUCUCUUCUAGUAAACUAAUCAGUGACCCUUCAUUUCAUGGUUUAGCUAAUAAGCUUGAGGAAGCAAUAAGAAGUGGCCCAUACCUCAGGAGAAAGCACGCCGAAGCGCAGCCCCUUGUGGAGACAGUGCAGAGAUUUUAGGGUCUUCUAGUCAUUCUACACCUCUUAAGGACCCGAUGUCAUAUCCCUAUGGUAGAAUAUCUUAGCUGUGCACAUCACAAACAUGAAACAUGAAUUUGUUUUCUACUUUUGGGGUUUGAAUCUUCAAGUUUAACUUAGUCUAUGGUUCUGGUCUGUGGGUGAUUUUGUAUAUAUUUACUCCUUCUGCCCAUAAAGAACUUCAUUGCUUGUCUUUUACUCCGUACAACUUGCGAGUGACUAGGAAAAAAAAAGGAUGAGCCCCAGGCAAAGAGUGCGGUCUGUAUUUGGUAUUUUCUGAGGCUCUAUGCUUAACAUAGUUGAUACUUAACAUAGUUGCUUCUUUUCUUAAAGACAUGGUGUAUUUGUCCGUGUUUGGCAUUAUCAACGAUUAAAGCUUUAGAGCUCUA